CGUAUAUAUGCGUGUGUGUCUAAUAUUAGUGUUACAGACUCUGAUUUAUCAUGUUAUAUGUGUAGAGAUACUUGUGUUUGCACAUAAACGUAUUCAUUAAUGUGUAGUGAGAUCUAGUAACUGUGUGUGUGUGUGUGCGCUUUAUUGCUUCUUCCCAUCGUCUCCUGUUUUCCUACCUAGUGUGGGGCAGUUGCUGUCCUGUUAUCUUUAUCCAGAGAGUGCUAACGGUGCUCUUGUUGUCUGUUUUGCCCCCCUCCCCCGACAGUGCCCAUGCCAGACCCCCGGGCCCCCAUGAGAGGGGGUCCCCCAGUGGCAGCCGUGCCUCCUCGAGGCUUGCUGGGAGACGGGCCGAAUGACCCCCGAGGGGGCACCCUGCUGUCCGUUACAGGGGAGGUGGUAGAGCCCAGCCGGGGGGGCUUUAUGGGUGCACCACCUCACCAGGGACCGCCGAUGCACCUCCCCCACGAUGGACGAGGCCCCCCACCAGACAACCGCAUGACACACGACAUGAGGGGCGGUGCUAUGGGAGAACCCAGGGGCAUGAUGGGAGAGCCCAGAGGACCAAUGAUGGAUCAGCGAGGGCCGCCAAUGGAGGCCAGGGGUGGCCGGGAUCCCAGAGGGGUUGAGCCCCGGGGUCUUGAUCCCAGGGGCCCUGUCCCUGCACCCAGAGUCCCCAUGCCCGGUGGAAUGCAGGGUCCGGGGCCACACAACAUGGGAGCCAGUGUGCCUCAGCCUGCCAGACAGCCAGCGCCCGGUCUCCCUGUGGGGGCGCAGCCAGGAGGUUUCAGCCCUGCCCAGAGUCAGGUGACCCCGCAGGACCAUGAGAAGGCUGCCCUGAUCAUGCAGGUCCUCCAGCUGACCCCCGAGCAGAUCGCCAUGCUGCCACCGGAGCAGAGACAGAGCAUCCUCAUCCUGAAGGAGCAGAUUCAGAAAUCAGCAGGAGCCCCCUGAGAGGGGAGGAGGGGAGCACCCCCUGUCCCAUACAGGUAUAACUGUUUCCAUGGAAACCAUGUCACCUUCCCAACUUGUGACCAUGUGGGUGCUGUCAGAGUCCAACUUCACAAUAAAACUUUUUAUAGUGGUUUUUUUUUUUUUGUAUUGCUUGGGGAUGGAAUCGAAUGUUGGUGGAAACAAAUUAAUUGUGCUUUGCAGCUGUGAAAGGCUUCAACAGAAACGAUCUGAGGUUGGGCAGUAGAAAGAUCUCAGUGGGGUACAGUAAAGACACAUAAUAGCUCGGUAGACGUUAAAUGGUACUGAUCCUGGGCUAGAUUGUUCUAAACAGUGUAGUUUGUCCAUAACUAUUCCCUUCCAUGGUCCUGAGACUGAAGUUGGCAGUGAAAUCUGCCUUGCUCAUCUGUCUCACCCCUGCUCAAACCCACUGACCCAGGAUUCCACCUGUGCAAUCUCAGAAGAGCGUCCGUUGAAGUUUCAGUAUUCUUAGUGUCUUGUUGCUUGUAAACCAGCAGUUACGCAAUAAAUGUGUUUUUUUUCUUCUA